UCAAUUUUCUCCUGGACUUUAAAAAUACAUCAUGUUCAUAAGCACUUUUUUUUUUACUGUAUCUUUAUGUAACAAAAGCAGAGUUCAGCAGAGAAAGACAAAAGUGAUGUGAACUGACAAUAUUUUAAUGGGGGGGAUAAAAGACUGUAAGUGAUCAAUGGAGGCGGCGGCCAAGUGAUGCCCGGGGGACGGCUUUGAUGUGGGCAUCCUCAGAGGGACGCCGGGGACAAUGCCCCCUUUGAGGGGCAUGCAGAAUGGCAGACACUUCCCUCUCUCUGGCUCUCUCACACUCUGUCACUCAACCUCCCUCCAUCUCCCGCUCGCUCCUCUCACUCACGCUGCGACUCCUCACUUCAGAUGCUCGCAGACGUCUCUGUCGCUCUGCAUUCCUCUGCCCCAGUGUCACAUCAGCCCAUAUCCUUAUCUGCAUAACUUUCUCCCUCUUCCUCUCACAUUAAUUAAUUCAAACAACACCCCCUUUCCUGCCGUCCAGCCAAUGACUCCGCCUUCCCCUCCUCCCCCCUCCCUAUCUGCAUCUCCCUUUCCCUCCCUCUGUCUCUUUUCAUAGAACCAAACCUCUUUGUGAUGUCCAGCCUUGGCAAGUUGCGCCUGAUUUGCUGUCACAGUCUUAAUGAAUUCAUCUGUUUGUGUAUUGGCCAUGGGAGCAUUUCUCCCUCCUCCCUCCCCUCUCCCCCUCACUCUUUCCUAUCCUCUCCCCCCCUCCCUCUUACUGGUGUUCCCCUGGGGGCUCUAUAUAUACCAGGGACCACUCCAGGCACCUAUUGUUCCUCUAAGUAAACUUACAGACAGAUGCCCUGCACCACAGUGUGGGAGAGAGCCCAGAGAGUCAGGAGGAGGGAGACAGUUACGGAUUGCAGAGAGCAACCAGACAGUAAGGAAACACUGCAGGCUCGCCUCGCCUCCAGCACCUCUGCAUCCUCUCCGGUUGUUCCGCGUGUCUCCUGCCUGCUCGCUUGUUGUCACUGUGGAGUGGAGGUCUGAUGCUCUGACACCAUGCUGCUGCUGAUAUCACUGCUGCUUACAGGACUGGACUGCUUGCUGGGAGCCCCGACAGGUCGAGAGGUCUACAGGAUGCCCCAGAGUGCACUCAAAGCUCUGUCUGAUCGUGGCACUGUGGUUCUAGAGGCAGCCAUGACGAGUGCCCUGUCCGCCCUCGAGCGCGCAUCAUCUGAGAGAAGUCGGGCUGAGGCCGGCUGUCGGGGCUGUGUUCCCUGUCUGUUUCAGGACUGUGGACAGCUGUCUGGCACCUGUUCGUCUCCUGCCAAUGCCUUAUCAGAGCCCAGCUGUGAUGUCAUCAGUAAAGCCCAGAAGCUCCAGGAUGAGGCUGAGCGGAGCUGGGCUCUGAGCCAGGCCUGUGCGUACUAUCAGCACCGCUGCCCAGCUGGUGAACUGGACAAAGAGAGCUGCAUCAGGAUCAUGGGUGAGAGCUGCAGUGCCCGCGUCCUUCAGUGCAGCCUGCUCAACACGAUGCAGAACCUGGAGCCUGCGACACAGACGCAUGCUCAGGCAGUGUGUGGUCAGAGGUCAUCCACGGUGCAAAACAUCACACAGCCUCGCUCACGGAUUGUGGGCGGGUCGCCUGCUCCUCCGGGCAGCUGGCCCUGGCUGGUCAACCUCCAGCUAGAUGGUGGUCUGAUGUGUGGAGGGGUCCUGGUGGACAGCUCCUGGGUGGUCACUGCUGCACAUUGUUUUGCUGGCAGCCGAAGUGAGAGCUACUGGACAGCCGUGGUGGGGGAGUUUGACAUCACUAAGUCUGACCCUGAUGAGCAGGUCCUCAAAGUGAAUCGCAUCAUCCCUCACCCUAAGUUCAAUCCAAAGACAUUUAACAACGACAUAGCCCUGGUGGAGCUGACAUCCCCAGUGGUCCUGUCCAGCCGUGUCACUCCGGUGUGUCUCCCCUCUGGCAUGGAGCCCCCUACUGGCAGUCCAUGUCUGGUGGCAGGCUGGGGCUCCCUCUAUGAGGAUGGCCCGUCUGCUGACGUGGUGAUGGAGGCCAAGGUGCCCCUGCUGCCUCAGAGCACCUGUAAGAGUGCGCUUGGCAAAGAGCUGGUCACCAAUACUAUGCUGUGUGCCGGGUAUCUCUCCGGAGGCAUCGACUCCUGUCAGGGGGAUUCUGGAGGCCCCCUGAUCUACCAGGACCGAAUUUCUGGUCGGUUCCAGCUCCACGGCAUUACCUCCUGGGGAGACGGCUGUGGGGAAAAGGGCAAGCCUGGAGUCUACACACGGGUGUCUGCUUUCUCUGACUGGAUUCAGGCUGAGAUACAGAAGUCUUUUGGAAGCAGGGAGCCAACAUGUCCGGAGCUUCUGAAGACAACAGACAUGACGGAGGAGGAACAGAGGUCAGAGUUCAGCUCUCUGUGUCGCUUCUAUACCCUGACCUGCCCUGCUGGUCAGUCUGCCAGCGCUUGCAGCCGAAUGGCAGAGGACAAGUGCCUCACCCGCUUUAAGAAAUGUCAGUUGCGUUCGUUCCUACAAACCCUGCUGGACUUGCUCCAGAGGGCCGAGGACUACAUCCGGGACAAAGUCGACCUGACCUUCUUCACCCAGACGCUGCCUCAGCUGGUGGAGCACAUCUAUAGCACAGCUUUCAUCCACACCAGGGACAGGAGGGACCUGAGCCACGGUCUCUUACAGGUUAAAGAACAGCUAGGUGGAGCUCUGGGGCCAACAGAGCAGGAUGCGUCUCCAGCUCCCCCAGCCUUAUUUAGAGAGGUGGGACCAUCAGUGGGUGACUGGGAGAAAUACCUGAGGAACAUAGCUGAGGACCUGGACAAACAACACACUGACACAUCCACAGAAUCCACACCAACAAGACAGGAGGACAAGCUUUUCUUACAGACAGAGGACUCCUUGGUACAUCAGCUAGAGGGAGAACUGCGAUCUGUUAUCUCAACUUUGCGCUCCAAACUGUACACCCGAGCUGCUCCUCCCAUCCUGCACCUGGACACAAGCUACCUCCAGGAGGAUUCUCCCAACAGUCCCCCUUUCACUACUUCAUCCACUGGAGCACCGGACCACACUGACCGCUCCUCCUCCUCCUCCUCACAGGAACCCCACGAGCCUUGGUCCCUUCUGUCAGCCCUGAUGAGUGAAAUGCAGAAAUUAAGCGCACAGGAUGAAACUGGGACAGAAGUGUCACAAAGUGAAACUUCUCCUGAUGUUAACUGGAGCGCUACAUCAGAGGAGUUUGCUUUUGUUAAGAAUGGAGACAGAACAGAAUCAAAAUCCUCAGCGUUGCCGCUUCCGGUGCAGCCAACAACUGUCGUUCAACCGGUCACGGAGCGUGCUCACACAGAGACUGGUGACCCCAAACAAGCUGUGCAUGUUGCAAAGACAUUGAGUCUUCACAGAAAAUAUCGGAGCCUUCUUCGAAAGAGGCAGAUACCUGGGGCCGGUGGGAAAGUUUGUCCUGGAGUGAGAGAGUCAUCACAACAAGUCAGCCAAGUCAGAGACUCGUACAGCUGGGUCUUAAACAUCCCAGGCAAGAACCUACGCAUGAACUUCCAAGAGGUUUUAGUUGAUCUGAGCUCCAAGAACGAUCGAGGACUUUACCAAGCGCGAGUCAGAGCUGUAGUGGGAGGACGACCUUUGACCUUCUACAGUCUUGUGGGCCUGGAGAAUGAGUCAUUCUACCGCAGUGUGCCAAGGAUCAUCGCUUUGGCACUGGAGGCACUCAAGACUUAACUUUAUCAAAACAGCAAGUGAGAUGACAUGACACACAAAAGACUCAUGUGAGAGACGAUAGCACAGAGACUCUCAAAGAGACCUCGUCAUGGGACAGAGAGACGCACAUAAAACGCACACUCACUCAGACUUUACUUCCUCUGCCGUCUCCUGUGAAAACCACUAUUUUGUUUUCCCCAUCUGAGAGCCGGACUUUGGCUCUAAAUGAAAACACAACCAUGAAUGUAUCAGUCCAACUAUCGCCCACACAUCAUGCCACAGGAUGUUUUUUUUUUAAUGUGGUCGGAGAUGCAGCCUUGUCUAACUUAUGAAUCUGUACAAAAUAAGUUAUUCAUAUUGUCUUUUGCAAAGGUUGAGCCUCUUGUGAAGCACACAGACUGUAUAUAUUAUUCCUAUACUUACCUUAUUCUUACCAUAUUUAUUUGUAUAAAGAAUUUGUAUUUUUGUAAAAAAAAAAAAAAUUUAAAUCUAUAUAUAAAUAAAACUGUUAU